AUGAGAGCAGCCAUCUCCACGCCAAGACUAGACAAAAUGCCAGGGAUGUUCUUCUCUGCUAACCCAAAGGACUUGAAAGAAACUGGCCAUUCACCUCUAGAUGACAAAACGCAAAAAAGGAGGCCAAAAACUUUUGGAAUGGAUGUGAAGACAUACUUGAGAUCUAUGAUCCCACAUCUGGAAUCUGGAAUGAAGUCUUCCAAGUCCAAAGACAUACUUUCUGCUGAAGAAGUAAUACAGUGGUCUCAGUCCCUGGAAAAACUUCUUGCCAACCAGAUUGGCCAAGAUGUCUUUGGAAAUUUCCUAAAGUCUGAGUUCAGUGAAGAGAAUAUUGAAUUCUGGUUGGCCUGUGAAGACUAUAAGAAAACAGAAACUGGUCUAUUGUACUUCAAGGCAGAAAAGAUAUACAAAGCAUUUGUACAUUCAGAUGCUGUGAAACAAAUCAACAUUGACUAUCGUACUCGAGAAUCUACAGCCAAAAAGAUUAAAACACCAACCCCCACUUCUUUUGAUGAAGCCCAGAAAGUUAUAUAUACACUUAUGGAAAAGGACUCUUAUCCCAGGUUCCUGAAAUCAAAUAUUUACUUAAAUCUUCUAAAUGACCUUCAGGCUAAUAGCUUAAAGUGAGUGGUUCCUGGCUAACAGGAAUUAAAAGCUGGUAUCAAGGACAGAAGGAAUGCACCAUUGAGACUACCGGGGUGGCAACUUAGCCUACUCUGGGUGACUCGACAGGCCCAGCGGAAGUACAAAUGACUAAGAAUGGAUUAAUGUGGAAGUCACCCAGGUGGAGAUUGAAAAAGCAUGAGCAAGGUGAACAUGGAGAGUCAGAUGGAAGGAGAUACUGUGGUUCUGUCAUAAAUCACAGUGGGACUCUGUAUUAGAAUACUUAUCAGAAAUAGGAAAGUCAGCUCACUUUGGUACACAGAAACCGAACAAUACACGAGACGUAUUAGAACAUGCUGCGAGCUUCAAGGGCAGCUGACAUGUAUGCUACAUGUUGAAUGGAUUGUGUUGGACUGCUGAAAUCUCCAUGUGAACGGCUAGUGUGAAAGUAUGUGUUUCAAAUCACCAUCGCUAUUAUUGACACAAAGGAUUUUGGUUGUUUAUUUAGAUGUAUUUGGCUUGGAGUUGAGGAAGAAAACCAUAUAUUUAACUUAAGCUAUUUCUUUUAAAACUAAGAAAUAUGAACAUAUUUAUAAAUUAAAUUAUCAAGGUGCCAAUAAU